AACUAUUUUCAUUUGUUCUCAAUGCGUUAGACAUUAUAUCUGAUUGGAAAGAAUCAACAGAUGCUGAAAUGCUUCAGAAAGCGUUAAAAGAUUCAGAGUUUAUGAUUUCUUUGAUUGUUAUAAAGGUAUUAUUUUCUUAUGGACUUCCGCUGUGUAAACAAUUGCAAAAAGUUCAAAUUGAUUUGAAAAAGACAAUACUCAUAGUAGAAAAUGUAAUAGCUACUUUAAAAUGUAUCAGAGAAAAUAAUGAAAUAGAAUUCAAAAUUAUCUAUAAUAAUGUCAAAAAAAUGGCAGAUGAUGUUGGAAUUGAAUUGCUAGAGAAAAGAAUUUCUUCUAAACAAACACAUAGAGCUAAUCCAAAUUUACAAAAUCAUUCUACCGAACAAUACUAUCGUGUAACAGUAUUUUUACCAUAUAUUGAUUACUUUAUAUCACAACUUACUGAGCGUUUUAUAAAUCAUAAAAGUAUUUUUGAAGGGUUCGAUUGCAUUUUUAAAACCCAGCCAUUGCCACUAGAGAUAAAUGACCGAGAACAAUUUAAUAAGCUUGUGAACAUAUAUUCACCCGUUGUAGAUAAAUUCAAUAGCAUAGCCGAAUUCAAUAUGUGGAAAACAAAACUAUUUACAGAUAAUAUCAUUCUUAGUUCAGGAUUACAGGCAUUAGAAAUUUGUGAUAAAGAAUUUUAUCCCAACAUUUACAUGUUGAUAAAAAUAUUUUGUACGCUUCCAGUGUCAACAACAACUCCUGAACGAUCAUUCUCUAAUUUAAAAAGAAUUAAAACUUAUCUCAGGAAUAGUAUGAAUGAAACUAGACUGAAUGGAUUGGCUCUAUUAGCAUGCCAUACAGAAACAAAGAUUACACCAGAUGAAGUCAUUGAUGAAUUGUCUCUGAAAAAUAGAAGACUGGAGUUUGUUUUGUAAAAUCACUGCAAAUAAAUGGC